AUGACCUUCCAAUCAUUGAUUGGGAAGCCUGCUCCUUCCAUCACUCUCCCAAAUUACGACGGUCAGACGUUCACGUUCACCCCAGGUGGAACUGGUUUACCCGCUGCGAUUUUCUUCUACCCACACGCAGGCACAUAUGGAUGUACUCGAGAGGCAUGCCAGUUCCGAGAUGCCAUAGCGGAGAAGCACACUUUCAAGCCUGGAAGGGUGCAGAUCAUCGGCAUUAGCACCGAUUCCGUGAAAAAGCAGCAGGCAUUCGUCGAGAAAGAGAAAUUGACGUAUCCUGUGCUCAGCGACGUGGAUAAAGUGGCUGUCACGGCGUAUGGAGUUGGUAAAGGGUUGAUGGGACUUGCCACAGUUGCGCGGGUGACAUUUAUAAUCGACAAGAAGGGGAUCCUGAGGGAUGCUCUGGAUGCGACGGUAAACUAUGGGGCCCAUUCCAAAUUUGUUUCAAAGUGGCUGGACAAGCUUGACGAGGAGGACAAAGCUGCUGCUCCAGCGACAACUUAA